ACAACUCGCCGUAAUGUCGGGGAACAACCUGGUCCUGCCCAUCGUGCUGUGGAGCCGCACGGCUCCCACCCACUGCAUCAGCAGCCUGCUGGUGAUGGACGACUUCAGCACCAUCAUCACCGGCUGCCACGACGGACAGAUCUGUCUGUGGGACAUGACCCCCGAGCUGGAGAUUUGCCCCAGAGCAAUGCUGUUUGGCCACACGGCCUCCAUCACCUGUCUGUCUAAAGCCAGCGCCAGCAGCGACAAGCAGUACAUGGUCAGCGCCUCCGAGAGUGGGGAGAUGUGUCUGUGGGAUGUGAACGAUGGACGCUGCAUUGAGUUCACAAAGUUAGCCUGUGCCCACACCGGCAUACGGUUCUAUCAGUUUACAAUUGGCACUCAGAAGGAGGGACGCCUGCUUUGCAAUGGUCACUAUCCUGAGAUUCUUGUGGUGGACGCCACCAGCCUGGAGGUGCUGUACUCGCUGGUUUCUAAGAUUUCUCCCGACUGGAUCAGCUCCAUGAGCAUCAUCCGAUCCCAUCGAACACAAGAGGACACGGUGGUGGCGGUUUCGGUGACGGGCAUUUUGAAGGUCUGGAUCAUAACUGCUGAGGUCAGCAAAAUGCAGGACCUGGACCCUGUGUUUGAAGAGGAGUCCAAACCCAUCUACUGUCAGGGCUGUCAGAGCAUUUCCUUCUGCAGCUUCACCCAGAGGAGUCUGCUGGUGGUCUGCUCCAAGUACUGGAGGGUGUUCGACGCUGGGGACUACUCGCUGCUGUGCUCGGUGCCCAGCGAGAGUGACCAGUCCUGGACCGGAGGCGAGUUCAUCGCCGCAGACAAAGUCAUCAUCUGGACGGAGGAUGGCUCCAGCUACGUGUACAAGCUUCCAGCCAGCUGCGUGUCGGCCAGCGAGCACUACCGCAGCGACGUGGGGAAAACCAAAGAAGGCUCCAUCCCCCCGCUGAUCUACCGACUGGCCGAGCAUUCAGACAAACAGAAGGAAGUCGGGGGAGGUGAGGAGGAGGAGGAUGUGGCUGUGGAGGUGCUAUGCCUCCCUGCCAGCGGGUACGACUUGGAGCUCUACACCCCUGAGCAUCUUUAUCGACAUCGGCCUAUAGAGGCUCCUCUCCUGAUCUGUCCUCCCGUAACUCGAUUCUUUUUCGGCCGACGGGAGCCCUUCCACAAGCUGCUCAUCCAGGGAGACUCAGCGGGGAGGCUGUCUGUUUGGAGUAUUCCAGAGUCCUCCCCUCAGCAGCUGCCCGCUCCGUCUACAGAACUGCAGGUGUCCUCCACCGUCAGCCUUCAGGAGGCAUUUGACAAGCUGAUCCCCACGUCUGCCGGCAUCAUCGACCAGCUCAGCGUUCUGCCAGGCAAAGAGGAACCCGUUAAGGUGACGGCCAGCGUGUACAUCCCCUCUCAGGGCCGGCUGGUGUGCGGCAGAGAGGACGGCAGCAUCAUCCUGGUUCCCGCCACUCAGACGGCCAUCGUUCAGCUGCUGCAGGGGGAGCACAUGCUCAGGAGAGGCUGGCCGCCCCACCGGACCCUGCGCGGCCACCGGAACAAGGUGACCUGCGUGCUGUAUCCCUACCAGAUCUCCCCCCGCUACGACCAGCGCUCGCUGGUGUCGGGCGGCGUGGACUUCUCCGUCAUCGUCUGGGACAUUUUCACCGGGGAGAUGAAGCACAUCUUCUGCGUGCACGGGGGGGAGAUCACUCAGCUCAUCGUCCCGCCGGAGAACUGCAGCACUCGGGUGCAGCACUGCGUCUGCUCGGUGGCCAGCGACCACUCGGUAGGCCUGCUCAGCCUGAGGGAGAGGAAGUGCAUCAUGCUGGCGUCCCGGCACCUCUUUCCCAUCCAGGUCAUCAAGUGGCGUCCGGCUGACGAUUACCUGGUGGUCGGGUGUUCCGACGGCUCGGUCUACGUCUGGCAGAUGGACACGGGGGCGUUGGAUCGCUGCGUGAUGGGAAUCACGGCGGUGGAGAUCCUGAACGCGUGCGACGAGCUGGCCCCGGCCACCGUGGACGCCCUCAGCCACUCGGCGGUCAACCUGAAGCAGGCCAUGACCCGCCGCAGCCUGGCCGCGCUGAAGAACAUGGCCCAGCACAAGCUGCAGACGCUGGCCACCAACCUGCUGGCCGCCGACAACGCUGACAAGGGCAACUUGCCGAAGUACUCCCACAACGCGCUGGUGGUCCAGGCCAUGAAGACCAACCUGACAGACCCGGACAUGCACGUGCUCUUCUUCGACGUGGAGGCCAUGAUCAUCCAACUUCUGACGGAGGAGGCGCAAAGGCCCAACCCCACGCUGGUGUCUCCCGAGACGCUGCAGAAGAGCCAGGCCGGGGCCGACAAAGGGGGGUCCUUCCUGGCCAACAAAAUCUUCAAACAGGUGAAGGAAACCAUGAAGGAGACCAUCAAGGAGCACCUGUUGGAUGAGGACGAGGAGGAGGAGGAGGAGAUGAGGAGACGAGAGGAGAAGUCCAAGUCUCUGAGUCUGCUGGAGUACAACCUGACCAUGGACACGGCCAAGCUCUUCAUGUCCUGUCUCCAUGCCUGGGGCCUCAACGAACAUCUGGAUGGCAUCUGCCUGGACAGACUGGGCAUGCUCAGACCCCACUGUCCCAUCUCCUUCGGCUUGAUUUCCAGAGGAGGUCACAUGUCGCUCAUGCUGCCCACCUUUAAGGAGUCCCUGCUGCGUCAGCUGUCCCUGGCCACCGGUCGGAGGCUGACCUUACCGGACAUCGUGGGUAAAGGGACGUAUGGCGUGUCGCGGGCCGUCACCACGCAGCACCUCCUGCCUCCCAGACCAGGAGGAACCCCGGAGACUCCUCGGAGGACGCCCGCCGCCCCCCCCCAGCCCUCCAACCCGGCGCUACAGGCUCAGAUCAAACAAGCUGCCAGCACCAGCACUGCUGCCUCUGCUGGGGCUGUGGGGGCUCCCGGGGGCCUUUCUCACGGGGCCCCUGGCCCCCCCCGCCCCGCCCCUGCUUCUCAUAACAUCCCCUCAGUCAACGAAGGAUGGAGCCAGCUAGCCGCCAUGCACUGUGUGAUGCUGCCUGAUCUCCUGGGCCUGGAUAAGUUCAGACCUCCGCUGCUGGAGAUGCUGGCGAGGAGGUGGCAGGAUCGCUGUCUGGAGGUGCGUGAGGCGGCGCAGGCUCUGCUGCUGGCGGAGCUGCGAAGGAUCGGCCAAUCGGGGCGUAAGGACGCCAUCGACCUGUGGGCUCCGUACCUGCCCCAGUAUGUGGACACGGUCAGCUCCCGUAAGUACAGAACUCAAAAACCCAAG